AUGGCUCUCUCUCUCUUCCCAGUUAUAACCAUAGUCAUGAUGAGAGUAACGGUGUCAAGGUCACAGAGAGUGGCGUGUUACUGUCUGGUCGCACUGCUGGUCCUAACACUGGCGGGCUCGGUUAGAAACGGCCACGGAGGAGGUGGCGGAGAGAAUUUUCCGGCGGCGGCGGGGAAGGGAAGCUACGGUGAGGUUCGGAGAGGGAGGCAAAUGAUGGAGAGACCAUGCGAGGAGAUAUACGUAGUGGGUGAAGGGGAGACGCUUAACAGCAUCAGCGAAAAGUGCGGUGACCCGUUUAUCGUGGAGCGUAACCCGCAUAUCCAUGAUCCGGAUGAUGUCUUCCCGGGUCUUCUCAUCAGAAUUCACAUUAACCUCCCUCGCUAG